GGUGUGGAAAACAGGGCUUCCCGUCCGCUCAGCCGUACUCAAGCCCCUUGUUAUGCACAGCCAAUACUCAAUGCGCCCUCAGCACCUAAGCGGCACUCCAGGGAGCGUCUCGCACGUGCGAUAUCACAUGGCUUUAUAUGCGAAUAUCAAACUGAGAAGGAAAAAGAGGGUAAUACUAUCUGCCACUGUGAGCUAGCGCCUGCUACGCUAGAAAAAUACGAUUCUACUGUUUGUAAUCAAAUCACCAGCUUUAUAUCAAAGUGGGAGCGAGAAACUUCUCGAUCCCUUCCUAAGGAAAUCAAGGAAGACGUUCUUAACCCGAGAGAGCGCUUUCUGGUUAACGGAAAGGAUAUAGAUUAUCUGCUUCAACGUCUAUUUAUAGAUAACUGUCACGACUAUAUACACGAGAGAGUAAUCGUUUAUAGGGUAGCGGAUAGCGCCUUUAAAGGGCUUGCUACUAUAAUAGAGGUUCUUACCGUAAAGCUACCUAAGGGAAGAGAAAUUCGAGGAGGUAUUAUAAAUAAGAUCGACUGGAUCUUAUAUUUAAACGGUCUUAUCUUUAUAGAUACCUUAUACGCUGAGUACGUGUCUAGGAACAACUUCUCUGAACGCGACUCAAUACCUCUUUUCGAUAUAUAUAAGAAAUAUUUACCAGAGCGCGCCCGUCUUAGCGAAAAUCUAUUAAAGGAAGUAACUCUAGAUAGUGAAAUUGGUCGUCAGUACCUAGAAGAUAUAGUCACUAUUUACACGUCAACAGAACAUGCUAUUUACUAUCCUAGUAUAGCCCCCGAGGAAGGCCGUUGUCCAAUAUACAAUAAGUCUAUACUAGAAUUAAAAGAUUGA